AUGCUUCCAUCAGUAUACGGUCAAAUGCAAGAUCCACUAGUACACGCGGCCGCGGCUGCGUUGGCUCAAUCAACAAACGCCGAACCAGUUGUCGGUGAGUAUACAUAAGCUUCUCAUGUUUCUUCAAAAUACAUGUUUUUUUUCAUUCUUCUUCUUUUUUUCUUUCGAUUUGAGGAUCCUAGAUCAACGGAAAUUCAAUUUACUUUUCUAAAAAAAAACAGAAAAAUAAAACGUUUUUCAGGAUCUCGUGACACAAUGUUCACCAAGAUAUUUGUUGGCGGUCUUCCUUAUCACACCAGCGACAAAACACUUCAUGAAUAUUUCGAGCAAUUUGGAGAUAUUGAAGAAGCUGUAGUGAUUACGGACAGAAAUACACAGAAAAGUAGAGGAUAUGGAUUUGUAAGUUAUUGAUUUUUUGAAGGGAAGUAGAGUUGUUUUAGAAGAUAGAGAACCGUUGAAAGAAUAUAUUUUGCACCAAAAUAUGAAAAAAAAACUGUUCAUUUGUGAAAGUUUAAGGAAAAAGUUUCAAUUUUCACUUGAAUUCUGAUAAAAUCCUCUGUUGGGUUGUUAAUAAUAAAAACCUUUGAUUUAGUAUAUCAAACUGAAUUUAUUUAGGUCACAAUGAAGGAUAGACCAUCAGCAGAGCGUGCGUGUAAAGAUCCAAAUCCAAUUAUCGAUGGAAGAAAGGCUAAUGUGAAUUUAGCCUAUUUGGGAGCUAAGCCAAGAACAAAUGUCCAAUUGGCAGGUAAAUCAAUCAAAAAAUAUUGUUUUUUCAUAUCAAAAAAUUAUCCCUCCGAUUUUUUUCUUUGAAAAAUUAUCAAACCUUGCUGUUGGUUGUUUCCAUGCUCUACUACUACUAUUUCUUUUCUUAUUUUUUUCUUCAAAGCUUCAGCUAAACCUCACUAAAGACUUGUUUCAAAUUUCUAACACCAACGUUUCAAAAUCCACCGAUUUUUAGCGCUGGCCGCCGGACAAGUUCAAUUACCAUUGACGACACAAUUGCAAGCUUUGUUCCCACCGCGAAUUGGGUUAGUUUUUCAACUUUUUUAUUUUUGGUUUUUUUGCCUGUGUGUGAUAGCGCCCCCCGGAAGAAAAAACUUUUGAAUAAAAAAAAAUCUGUCGAAAAAUAUUCAAAUCAAAUCAAAAUAUUUUAGGUUCUAUGAUACACGAUAGUUGGGAGAAGGUAAAGAAAGUGCGUGCUUUUUCUUAUUUGAAGUGACAAAAAACCUAGAUUUUCAUUAUUAUUUUUUCUCAUAAAAAACCAAAAACAGUGUCAUACGCAAAAAGUGCCGUGUUUUGACGUGACCAUUUCUUUCUCCUGUCUUUUCCCUCAGCGAUUUUUAUCAUUUAUUUAUUCAUUAUUUUUCUCUGCUCACAAAACAAACACUAACUACUGUACAACAAAUGAAACGAAUCAUUUUUUUCGAAUUUUUUGGAAUAAAACCCAAACUGUCCUUUUUUGUUGGUUAGGUAUCAAUAGCACGCAUGUUGGCGUGUUUGGGAACCGUUAUGUUAUGAUGAUGAUGAUUCGCAUUUACAAGGAAAUCUUUGAAAAAAAACUGGCUGUAAAUUUGUUUUUAAUUUAAGAGUUUCCAAGAAAAUUUUUGACCAAAACUUUUUUUUUCAAAUAUCAGAAAUUUAGAGCUCUGUAUAUUUUAGAGCAUGGUGUAUUUUUGCUCUAAAAAGUUUGAAUUUUCAGCCAGUUUCAUAAAAGGUUUCCUUGUUAGUACAAAAAUAGUUUUUGAAUUGGUUACAAAACAAUACUGUUUCAGAUUGCCACAAAUGUAUUAUCCAACAGUCGCGGGAUUGGUUAACCCGUUGAUGGCUCAAGGAGCUGCCGCUCAACAACAAUUGAUUGACUAUUCGACAUUGGCUGCCGUCAUGGGACAAACACAAAAUGCUGCCGCUUACGGACUUGCUGCGCAACAAAGCAAAUGUUAGUUUUUUCUCAAAUGUUUUUUUGUUGAAAGCAUAAAUUCUUAUCAUUUGUUUCUCAGUACCUGUUACAUCGACUGCCACAACUGGAUUAGAACAAUAUGCAACAUAUCCAGCGGGAUAUGGACUUGUUCCACAAGCUGCUUAUAAUAUUGGAGGAUCCCAAUUACAGUUAGCUGCUGCACAACAACAAUUAGAGCAUCAACGAGUCUAA